AUGUCGAACAUGAACAAGGUGCUCGGGUUCGAGCGCAUCAACGAGCGCAAGAAAAGACCAAACGCACUUAUCAACUUCAUCAAACCACUCGAAACCCCGGAUAAGGCACUAGCCCAAGACUUCCUGGAAAGAGUUGCUGCUAUCUGCUACCCCAUCAUGAAACAGAACCACAUUGUUGUCAUGGCACUAGAAGAAUACCCACCCAAUUCUGAGUUCAUUGGCCGCAACUUCAACGCAGGAGAAGUCAUUCAGCUAGUUCUCAAGGCUCCACACACCAACCAAUGGCUACCCUUCAGACACGUGCAGAUGGUCAUGAUGCACGAGCUGGCACACUGCAAACAGAUGAACCACUCUCGCGAUUUCUGGAAGGUCAGAAACGCCUAUGCCGACGAGCUCAAGGUUCUCUGGGACAAAGCAUACACUGGCGAAGGUCUUUGGGGCAAAGGUCAAUCUCUCAUCACUGGACAGUACAUGACCAACCACAUGCCCGAGGGUGCUAAUGCACCUGCCAGCUUGUGCGGUGGUACCUUCAGAUCAUCAGGUGGCCGGAAGAGAAGGCGAAAAGAAGACGCUCCCAAGAUCACAUAUGCCGAGCGCCAACAACGCAGAAUCGCAAAGAAGUUUGGUGUUAAUGGCGUCGCCCUAGGAGACAGUGAAGGUAUCAGAGCCAAGCUCGAGGCUGGCCAGAAAGGCGGAAAGCCUGCUGUUAAGCCCAGAGUGGCAGGCAGUAAGCGAGGAAGGGAGCUUCGAGCAGCAGCAGCAUUGGCACGCUUCGAAAAUGUGAAANAGGAGGCUGUCAAGGUUGAGCCCAAGACUGAAACAAUCAGCGACGACGAUUAUGAAACCGAUUCCGACUAUGAGUACACGACUGUUGAGAGGAAUAUGAAUCCAGAAGAUGGCAGCAUGGUCAGAGUGUGCGAGAACGAAGACUCAGAUGACAAAGAUGCGCAGCGAGAAUUCGAUGAGCUGCGUGAGAUUGACCAGGCUACGCCGAAAUCAACGCAGCCGUCCUCGAAAGGAAAAGCUAAACAGACAUUUCCUGACGACGAUGCUUCGACAGAGAGCGACGACGAUCAAGACCUGGACACACCGCGCAGCUUCGUCAAACCACCGACCAAGACACAGCCAAUCCCAGAGGACCUAUCUACGGACAGCGAAGACGAGAUACAAGACAUCACAGCCAUUGUGCAGGAGAAGAGCAAGCAGAAAGAGAAGAAUGUUUCUGAAAAGUCGUCAUCAUCGUCAAGCAAGCAAUCUGAACACAGCAGCAAGCCGUCACAACCGCCGCUUGUCGCCAUUAAGGAUGAGUCGACAGCAAGCGAAAGCGAGGCGACUGUCAUCAACACUAUCGCGCCAAAAACAUCAUCAGCACCAUCUUCAUCAGCGACAAUCACCAGCACUGAGGUAGGCACGACCGCCACCCAGAGCAAGCCCAAAGAGCGCUCACCAGUCGCUCCUUCCUCGACCUGUAAAAUCUGCUCGCUCAAGAAUGAACCCACAGCCGCGAUGUGUGCAGCUUGCUCGCACGUGCUCAACCCAGCACUCAUGCCUAACUGCUGGAAGUGUACGGAUACAGGAUGUAAAAGUGUCGGCUACGUCAACCCAGGCGACUAUGGAGUCUGUGGGCUCUGUGGAUCGACGAAACCGAGAUGA